AUGCCGGCGUGGAAAGGGUGGGACGAGGCGGGUGUUCGGCAACCAAUGCCACAAAGUUCAGGUUUCACGCCGAUCAACGCGCCUGCUCCAACAGCAAGCGUGCCUGGAGGCAUAGUACGUGAUACAACUCAACAGACCCCGACGAUAAGGAACGUCGAGGCCGUCAGCUCGGCUGCCGGGCGAACGGCCGAUGCUCCAGGUGGAGAGAAAACGACCAAAAAGACCAGAAAGCGAGCAAGCACUGACACAAAAGCGACAACCUCGAAACGGCAGAAGACUGACGGACACAUUGAUGACACUCCUACUCUAGCAGAGGAUGCUCCAGUCAAAGUACUGAAGGAGGUAGCCAAAGCUUCAAAGCCGUCGUCUUCUCGUUCAAAGCAAGUGGCAAGUACCAAGACCAAGCGCAAUAAAGGAGCCCCCGAAGGUUCGGGCAGCAAUGCCACAGCACAGAUGCAGCCAGACAUCUCGCAGCUUGGUUAUGCUCCUGCAACGUCGAUGGAAAAAGUCCAGCAAUCGGCACCACUGACGUCCAUGAACGUACUAUCAGCUGCUCAGGGGUAUGGCACAACUCUUUACGACAGUCACUUUGGAACAAACACGCCGCUCGAGGGUCUCGACAUGCCUCGGCUAUUUCUCACGCCACGUACACAUCGAAGAAACAGCAAGAAGACUGCUUGUGCACCAAGACUAUCACCAGCCGAGGAAGAAGACGGGCUCGAUUUGCUGUUUGAGCAGAUAACAACAGAAUUUGACAGUGGAGCUCUUGCAGUCGACAAGGCAUACGCGGUUGCUAUCCCGGUCGUUAACUCUACACAACUGCCAACGCCGUGCAAUUCGGAUGAGCCCGCACCAACUAGCACUCGCAGACAGCCUGCCCGCAAGGUCAAGAAGCUAGCUCAGGAUGAGAUACAGACAGAGGAAGACUUCUUCAACAGCCACGCGUCGGACGAGGAGGGACCGGACAUUGAUCAUAUUCCUCCCCCAAGAAGCCCAGCACCACCAUCUCGCGAUCGCAAGCACAAUGCGCGAGAAGUCGAGCACGACGAAGAUUACGGAGGCGCACUACUGACCGAUGCUGAGAAGAAGAUCCUUCAUGAGUUGAAAGUGGCGCAGCAGAAUUCCGCGAAGACGAUCGUCCGAAAGCCAUUUCCCAAGCCUGUGCUCGACCGCUCACCGAUCUUCGGCGCCUCAAAUAGUGCUCUCCUGCGUACUUGCUUCCGCGUGGGCGAGGCUUUGAACGUGGGCUGCCAAGCUGUGCGGGAGAAUAAGACGGUCCUACUGGAGCUCUACGCACGCGUCAUGCAGUCGUGGCGUGAAGAAAAGCCAGGACGCCACCAGCACUUUGUCUUACACGAUCUAUACCACGAUAACCCUCCUCAUGUGAACGGGACGUUUGACUUGUGGGACCAAAGUCGGCUGUGGGAGCUUGAUAGCAAGGCUUUCCUUGUCGGAAGGUCCGAGGGCAUCAUGUGUCGGCUGAUAGGGAGGAUGAAGCCUGAUGGGCAGAAAUGGAAGCUUGAGAUCCUAAGUAUUUGGGAGGCGACGUGGGAGGAUGUCGAGAGCGUUGCCGGCAUCUGUGCGAGGCCUGGCGGGGAGCCGUGGUUAAAUGAGGCUGAAUGA